GGCUGAGUUUCGGGAUGCCUGGAGCCUCUGAUCCCUCAAGUCUCAAGAGAUGAGGAUGCCACCAGAAAAGUAAUACUGAAGAAGGAAUAAAGUGCGUUUUGGGGUGGAGGGUGUUCUACACCUUUUAAGAUUUCUGAAAGGAAAAACAGUAGUAUAUUUUAUAUGAUAGGUCUUUCCAUCCUACACGCAAAGUACACCUUCUCGGACUUUUGAAGCCUUAAGGUUUGUACGGGUUUUUUCUCUCUCCAGCAAAGCAUGUUUCGGAUUGCAGCCUCAGUUUAAUAUCCAGCUCAUAAUUUGGUUAUGACAAGUGUUUUAUUUCCCUAAUCGGAGGCGGCCCACCAGCUGAGCCCGCUUGGCCCAGGUGGGAGCGCUCAGCUCCAAAAGAAGCAAUGAAGCCGAGGCUCGGCGCCGCAGCUGAGGCAAACCGUGCCGGGGGAAGGGGCUAAUAAAUGAGGCGGCGCUCGCUCGGGCUGAGCGGCUCCUUCGCUCGCCCACCACCUCUCCUCACAAACGGAGUUUCAUUUAGGCGGGAAAAACUCGGCCGGUGAGUUUUCAGGUUUAGCCGCUCGCGGGACCGGGGCGGGGGGGGGGGCACCGGGGAGCGGCGUUUGCGAGGCUUCCCAGAUAGCGAGUAUCUCCUUUUACCGAGCGGAGUGUCGUCGCCUUGGCUGCGAAAAGGAGAAGCCUCUUCUGCUUAGAGGGGCGCCGCCAGUGCUACGAUAAUGAUGUGUCAGUCGGGGCACGUCUUCCCCCCUCAGCCUGGGAUGCCUUUUCAGCGUAACGGCAGGUCCAUGAGCGUACAUUUAGGGGGACCCCUAAAUCAAGUAAAUAAAUAGAAAUACUUCGCAACUGACUAAUUGCGUGGCAGAUAACUCGGUUCUGCUCCCCUCCCUCCAUCCCAGAUAAAUCCUGACUGCGCCCAUGGGCAGGUUCCUGUCAGAAAGGGGAAAAGGGAGAAAGUCGCUGCCACUUUCCUGUUCCUUCCCUGCUAAGUAUUCCUUUAUUUAUUGCCUCGCAUUUAAAAGCACCACGAAUAAAUAUAAUAGACACACAAUUCCACGUUAUUCCAUACAGCAUUAUUAUGUGAAUCAUGAUAAAUCUGUUAGUCCUUAAAGUGCCAGAAGACAUGGCUGGGGUUUUUUUGCUGCAGAAGACUUUUCAUAGCUACCCUUCCGAACAUGUUUUUAUUAUUUUUGUGUUUCAGAGAAUUGUAGGGUUGGAAGGGACCCCCAAGGGUCAUCUAGUCCAACCCCCUGCAAUGCAGGAAUAUUCACUUAUUUGUCUUGACCCCACCCACCACACACAAGACAAUGUGUAUAUGGGUUGCCUCGCUUCAGAACAAGCCUCUGAAGCAGGUCAGGCUGAGAGACGACAGGCUUCUCUCAGAUACAUGAGUGAAGAAUCAGUAAAUCAACUUCCAGGCCAAUCAGUUAUAGAUCUUAAAGUCAUUAAGUUCAGGAACACAAGAGCUUAACUUGAGAACGUUCUCAAGAUGGUACAUGAAUCCACUUAGACUAAAUAGAGUAGCAAAAAAAAGUUUGAUUAUUUCUUCAUUGUAAAAGUUAUUAUUUAAACCUCAAUAAUAUGGAAGUAACCUCUGCUCUACAAACACUUAUACCAUAAUAAAAACAGACCCUCUGUUCUUUUAAUUGGUGACUGAUGGACACUCCCCCCACGCAACGAAAUGGUUACUGUCUCUGUAAAAUAUGUUGCAGACUUUAUAUUUAAUAUUGUGGUGGCAAUAUGCUGUACAAAUUCAGGAGAUUAAAGUGUGUUUUUGCCAGCUCUUGUUCUUCAUGGUCUUUGAAAUAAUUACAACUUUACUUGCCAGUGGGUUGGGCAAAGACACUAGUUCCAGAAGUUUAACAGAAACUUUUAGAAACUAUUUGUUUCUCUCAAAACACUCAAUAAAGAUGCUAAUAAUCUCAAAUUUGUUUUUAGAUUAGUAGAUUUAAUGCCACUCUACGUUCAUAUGGACAGAAGGGUGGGAAAAAAUUUAAUACGGUAAAUAAAAUUAUCUAUUUGCAGUAUGUGCUUAUUAAUUUGGAGUAGUUCCUCAGUUUGAUUCUAAACACUGAUAAACUAGAUGUGCCACACCAUCCAUGAAGGGUGAAUAAAAAUUAUUUACUUUUCAUCUCUUCGUAUAUUAUGCAUGCAUGUUAGGUGAUCUUGAGUAUGUUGUGCUCCUGUAGAAGUGGUAAUCAACAUUAAUACAAAUGUCAGAUUUUAUUAAACUGAAUUUACUUUCCUUAAUUUUCUUUUUAAAAAUCCAAAAUUGUGCUUUGAUAACAGAGACAGUGAACAAUCGCCCCGCCUCUGUUUUGCAGUUAAAGGCUAAGGAAAAUAAUACAGUCAAAAUGGAAAAUGAAAAAGAUCAGAAAAUACCAUGUGGUAAAUAUGCCAAAAUUAUUUUAUAUCCAUGUUACUUUUCAUUAUUUUAGCAGUCUGCCAGGCUAAUCUUCAAAUGGAAGUAAGAAAAAGAUAUAGUCUUUUGCAGAAAUCCAAGCACCUGAUCUACAGUGUUGGAGAUGUCCUUCCGCCUAGCACUGCCUGACUCCACUGACAUAUGUCACUGAGAAACCCCAUAAAUGAGGAGUGCUCAAUGUGCUCACCUAACUGGUGGUAGCCAGUGGAAACUCCCAAAAUGUAGUUUUUGGGGCUGGGAAAGGGGCUAGCACAGAAUCUACUGGACUCUGAGCCAGCUCUGUUGGGAUUGCCAAGGGUAAUGGGAUUCUGGCUGUUAAUUAAUCAGCAGUUUUAAUUGUGUAUGAAAAUAAAAUGUAAAAUAAUUUGAAAAACUAUUUGCUUUAUCCUUAUAGAGAUGAAAACUGAUCUGAAUUUACUACUUGAAUGUCUAAAAUAUCAAAUGGAUCAUCCUACUACUCAGAAAGAGGCAUUGGUUACUAUUUAUUCGGCCUGUCAACAAAACAGUAAGAUGUUGAGUUCUAGUUGCAUUGCUCCAUGUUUUAUUAAAAUAUAUUCCUUUAAAAGCUGACACUUUCCCCAUUGUUUUUGUCUUUUCUAGGUGAUGCAAGUGAUUAUUUUCGAGAAAUAGGUGGUUUGAUGUUUGUAUAUAACCUUGCAAAGUCAAGUGUGCACAGCAUGGUAAAGGAAGCUGCCUUAUUUACAUUAGGAGGUUUAGCUGAGAAUAAUGGUAAUGCACAAUUGUAUUCUUUUCAUAUCAUUAUAUUAUCACAUUUGAAGAUACUAAGUUUUCAUGUUUUGCUUCAUUUCUGCAAAAGACUAUAGUUUUCAAGUACAUAUACUAACAACAAAAGCUUAAAUUUGACUCUGUAGCAAAAUGGCAGUGAGUGCAGCUUUUUCAAUAGGUGCAUUACAUGCUCCCCUUUCAACCUACCCACGGCAUUCUGAACUAGCUGCAGCUUCCGAAGCAAUCUUAAGGGCAGCCCCACAUAGAGCACAUUGCAGUAAUCUAAUACUGAGGUUACAAAUAUAUAGCUUCCUGUGGUCAAGCUGUGCGUAUUCAGGAACAGGUGCACCAGCCAAAGCUGGUAAAAAAACACUCUUAGGCUGUGUUCACAUUGCCACCUUCAGUGAAGUUCUUCCCCCAUUUCCCAUGCAUUUCACAGCUCUUUCCCCACUAACUGUUCACAUCAGUGCAGUUUCAUUCAUUUAUGUGUUGAUGGUGCAGGGAUUCUUUAUCUUAUGCUAAAGUGUUCAUAUCCUGGCUAGGGAUGAAUUAGGAACAUCUUAAGGACUCUAAUCAGCAGGAAGUUGGUUUGAGAAACAAAACUUCAAACAGCAGACAAGGCUAUGGCAAUAAUGCUUCUAAAUACCAGUUGUGGGAAACCCACAGGAAGGCAAAAUGUUCUUGUGCUUGGGUUUUGCUUGCUGGUUUUCCUCAGACAUCUGGUUGGCCACUAUGAAAACAAGAUGCUGGACUAGGUGGGUAAUUGGCCUGGCACAACAGGCUCUGCUUAUUUUCUUAUGUUCAUGAGUGGAAGUUUGGGAUUUGUUCCACCAGUGUGCCUGCAUCAUUUUGACCUCUCGCUGCCUUGCCCCUUCUCCUCUUGCCGUGGCAGCACUCUUGGCAGGAAGCUAGCACUGAGGCUCUACCCCACCAGGCAGGACACCUCUGUCCAUAGAGUCUCCAUCUUAUCAGGAUUCAGUCUUCAUUAUCACACUACCACAUCCAAACAUCAGUUAAAGGCUUGUACAUUCAGAUAAUAUACAGAAACGGAGAUGGGUGUCAUCAGUGUACUACAAAUAACCACUUCCAGUGGGUUCAUUUAGAUUUUGAACAGCACUGGGACAAGUUGUGUAUAAAUGUCUCACCCCCCACUGUUACGUAUGUUCCUUAAGUGUCCCCUGCUCUGAGUUUCACCCACCUUGUAGCCAAAAAAUAUUUUGGCAGUCAGUAGAAAUAGGUCAGUGUCUAUACAAAAGAAGAAAUGGACACAACUCUGUCAUUAAAAUGGCAACACUGAGAUUUUUUAAUCUCCAAGGGCUACUAUUAUUUGAAUCCCUCCCUCCAACAGACUGAUACAGAUACCUACAAUUACUGUAGAAUUUAUAAGAAAGUUUGAUUCUAUUUGCUUUAUUAAAUUUAAUGUAAUAUAACACAUAAAUUUCUCAGAGGAAUAUCUAUUUUGUUUCAGUAUUCUGCCAACAGACGUUAUGCACUUCUGGAUCAUUUGAAGACCUUCACAGACACCUAACUAAUAAUGAUUCCAGUGUGAAUUUGAAAAGAAUGUCUGUUUAUUUCUUAAUAGCACUGGUUUCAAAUAACAGUAAGUACCCCCCGCUGCAUGUAAGGAAAUUGCAGUUACACACACAGAAACACAAUUUAAAUUAUGAUGAGUAGCCUCCAGAUGAAUAUUAACCGCAAUUAGGUCAAUUAGACUUACAUUCACAGAUAUGUGCUUAUAAAUCCUAUUGCCAUUCACAGGUACUCAAGCAAGUUUAACUACUAUAUUUUCUAAGGAUACGCUCAGCUUCAGCAGUGCAUAAAUCACUAUGGUCUAUAUAUUUCAUAUAUUACAUUUUAAGUUUAGCACCUAUUCCCUUCAGGGUGUAUACUCAGGGCCCCUGCAGACAUGUGCUUGAUUGUGGGUGUAUUCAGCAACAUAUCCUUGACACAAUAAAGUGCAUUACUGGUUGAUUUACUCUGUUUUAGUUUUUUCUGAGAUGCUUCCCCAAUGCUACCAUGCUGUGUACACACUAUACCUUUUCCCAUAAAGAAUUCUGGGUACUGUAGUUUACCCCUCACAAAGUAAGAUCACUUAUGACCACCCUGCUAGCAUCAUGAGCACAAAUUGUCACGAGUGCACAAUAAAAAGUGUCUAAAGAGGCCCUCAGUGACAAGCAUGUUUCAUACCACAUAAUGUAUGAAACACUUCUAAGAUUUCACUGAAUUAUUGAUCGCUUGAUAUUUGAAAUACUUCAUAUAUUUUAUUUUAAAUCUUUACAUGCCAAAAUGUGGUCAUUUUAUAGAGCGUGGGCAGAUGUGUGCAAGAGAGUCUGGUUGCCUUAAUGCUCUGCUUCAAUUAUUCAGGUAAGUAAUAAAGCAAGAAUGUUGUACUAAACUGAAAAUUCCUCCCCCAAGCUUUAAUUGCUAUUUGUUAUGUUUUUGUUUUAAUUUCCUAACAGAACAAGUCUUUCAGUAUGUGAUGUGAAACUUUUGGAUCAAAAAAUUAACGAAUAUCAUCUGUGGUCUUCAACUUGCAGUGCUCUCUGUGCAAGUGUAAAUAAUCCCCAGAAUGGUAAUUUUUUGUUGUUAAACAUUUCCUUUCAUUAUUUGUUUGAUGGCAGUGAGGAAAAAUACAAGUAUUUUUCAAUGCAGAUCUAAGUGUGUCAUUGUUUUGUCACCAACAGAGGAGAAUCAGAAAUUUUGCAGUUUGGUUUUUCCUCAUGCAAAAGACUGGCUGCAAAGUAGUAUAAAGCCUGAGAUAGUUCGCCCAGUAUGUUCAUUCAUUGGGCUCACAGUUGCAAAUAAUUGUAAGUAUCUAACCAUUGUACCAGCACAUUAUUUUUCUGUGAAAAGCCUGCUGGGAUUUCUUUUGCCAUUUCUAGUGCUUAAUUUCAUGCAUCUGCUGCACAGAAAUAGGGCAACUGCUUUGGUGAUAUUAUCAUCUUCAAAUUCUAGAACUUACAGUGGAACCAGGUAUUGCUUUAAAGAGAGGAGGGCAGGGCUUUUCCAUGGCAUAGUGAGUUGACACAUCCUCUCUAGCUUGUAUUGCAUUUUCUAGAAAUCACUAUACAUUUGUUAAAAUAGUAAAUAUAUAUAUGUUGCCUUUCUACCAAAGCAUUCAGGGCAGUUUAGAGUUUAAAAUAAUGGCUUUCAGUCUUGAUACAAAACAGAGAACUCAGAGGAAAAACAGUACAUUCAGGUACCAGCUCUUUCAUAGUGUUAUAUAAUAACAGACCUUCCAAGUGUUCCUAUUUUCCGGAGACAAUGCCGGAUUUACAGAAGCCGGCAGAAUGUCCUGCUUUUUCCUUAGAUGUCCCUAUUUUUAUCAGAGAAAUUUUGGAGGGCAUGGAAUUAUCUGACCUCCGAGUCAUCUGAAGGCAACCCUGUAUAGGGAAGUUUUAAAAAGUUUAAUGUUUUACUAUGUUUUUAUAUACGUUGGAAACGACCCAGAGUGGCUGGGGCAACCCAGUCAGAUGGGUGGGGUGUAAAUAGUAAAAUUAUUAUUAUGGAAUAGGAUGUCCCUAUUUUCAUUUGAGAAAUACUGGAGGGUUUGUAAUAACCAGAUGGAAUAGUUGCUGCAGGAAACAAUUUGAAGAAGGGGUGAAUUGAGAUCAAGAUAAAAGUAAUUUUUGUGAAUAAUUUCUCUUAAAAUUAAUUUACAAAAGUUUUCUUACAUUGAGUCAAAGCACUGAUCUGCCUAGCUCAGUAUCAUCUACAUUGCAUUGGAGUGUCUCCAGGAUUUCAGACAGGGGUCCUUCCCAGCCCUACCUGGAGAUGCUUGGGAUUGAACUGGAGACCUUCUGCAUUUGACAGAAAGCCUGGAAAACUUUAGCUUAAAGCAAACUAUGAGAGAAGCAUGACUGGUAAUUGUUAUGGUUUGUUUUUGUUUCUUCAAGCAAGAAUGCAGCAAUUUUUUGUUUCUGUUGGUGGAUUAGCUGUUUUGGAUGAGCUUCUUGUGAAAUUGAGACACAAUUCACUUGCAAGCACGAAACUUGCCGUAGUGGUGACAAAAACGAUUGAUGCCUGUAUUGCCGAUAACUGUGAGUGAACAGAUUGAAAUAUCUUUCUAUAUAAAUAUCUUAACAGAAAGUGAAACUUGUAAGGGUGCAUCCAGGCUCUAGUUAGGUCCAUGCCUCCCUAUAGGAUUAGGUAUUCUCAGAUCAUUCAUUACUUAUAUUACCAGGAUCUGCCUUGGCUUCUGACUUUAUUUAUUAACAUGACAAACAUUAAAUAUCAUCAAAAUAAGUUAAGGAUCCUGCAAGGAGGGGAAGGGAGUUGCAAAUUCUUCUAAUUCCCAGUCCUCACAAAUCUUGUAGUUAAGUGUUGUACCUGGUAUUGGAUGAAAGCUCGAGAUAACUGGAAGAAAGGAUGGAACAGGCAUUCUAUAAAAGUAUGUUUCUUUACUGCAUGUUGAGUUUAAUGGGUGUUUUUUCCUUUUAAAUUUAUUUUGUACCAAUAGCUGCUGUUGGAAUUAACCUGCCAAGGUAUAAUAUUGUGCCAAAUCUCUUAACACUGCUUUCUUACAAACAUCUGGAUCCGGGAGAAAAAAAUAGUAUUAUACUUACCCUUGGACACUGUACAGAUGGCUGCGGUAGGAUACUGGUUCUGUCUUUCUUAAACUGAACAUGUUAGAUGUUGCAUUCAAAUGCAGUUUGUAUUAGAAUUCCAGUGCACAAUUACUGUGCUUAAUAAUAACCUAUGAAGAUACCAAACCUGAUGUUGCUAGAGUAAUGCAUGGUUGGUUUUAACAAGCUGCUUUAUCCCUCACUGAAAUAAAAUAACAAAUAAAAAAAUUAAUCACUUUGAAACUUACUACAUUUAGGCGGCAAUCCUAUAUCCACUUACCUGGGACUAAGCCUCAUUGAACUCAGUGAAACUUACUUUUAAGUAAACAUGGUUAGCUUUGUACUAUAAAUAGGAUUAUAAUUAGGCACCUUUUUCAUUAGUGGUUAUUUCUAGUACAGGAUCUAGGAACUUCUACAAAAUCCUGAUAAUCAACUGUCAAAGCCAAGUUAGAGUUAUUAGUGGUAGCUAAGUAUAAAUUUCUGCUUUAACACUGAAGUCUUAAAAAGGCACUAUGCAAUAUUUCCAUUAAAACUAAUAGGACAGAUUCAUGUAAAUGAAGUCACACUACAGCAUGUUACUGAGCAUAUGCAAAUAAACUAGAUAUGACUAAUUGAAGUUGGGCUGAAAAUUAAAUAUAACUGUAUCCCAUUGUAAUUUUAUUGCUUAUUCUUCUAAAUAUGAUAAGAGGUACUGUUACAACUGUACAGUUUGGACAAAUAUGUUCCAAGAAACUAAUGGUAUUUUUUUUUAGAGGAAAAUCAAUUUGCUCUGGUCAAGAACAAUGGCCUUCCACUUAUGAUUCAGGCACUAACUGAAUCGCAGGAUGAAGAACUAAAUAAGGCUGCCACCUUUGUGCUGCAAAAUUGCAAACAGAUCAGUAAGAUUAUCAUUAUUUUCAUUACUGUUUUAAAAAACUUAUAGGGCAGAUCUGUGAAUAUCUUCUUGCCCAUUAGCUUUGUCUGCAAAAUUUCCUAUUUCACCCAGGUUAGAGAUCAUCAACUUCUGUUCUAUGCUUCCCUUCCCACUUUCUUCUACUUGUUAAUUUGAUCUCUUCUUGCUUCCAUCCUCCCUUGAUGAAGCAGAAAUAUUAAUGAAGGAAGUAUGUCUGGGGCUGUAUUUGUAUAAGGUCCUUUAGAUACUGCAGAGAGAUGUAAAAGGCAAAAUAAAACACAUCUUAAAUAAGUCACUCUCAUUGGGAGCUAAUAUUUUAAGACUUUGGCAUGUAGAAUGAAAUAUAAUUCUGUUUUUAUAAAGCCAGCUUACCUUGCCUUAUUCUAACUUUUCCUAAAGCUGAGAAGUUGUCGCUGAAGUUAGGAAAACAUUCAUUAAAACUGGAUGAUGCAGAACAGUUGAAGGUUGAUUGGCAGAACAGAGAGAUGAUCCUUGAAGACUACUGGGACAAAGCCAAAGAAAUUUUGCGUAGAAUCGAAGGACUUGAAAAUGACCAACAACAGGUGGUUCUUUGUUUUUUGGGUUUUUUUUUUUAAAAAAAUAAGAACGGAUGCAGUAUGUUAAAAACAGAGGAAUAGUUCUAUGCAAGAAAAUGGUGUCUGAGUGAAUUAUAAAAAGGAAAGCAUAAGUCUGGUAGGUUUUUUAAAAAAAUGUCCCCCCCCCCUAUUUUCCUGUGGUGGAAGGAGGAUCUCAUCAUCUGGGUUAUUUCUCCCAGUCAGUCCAGAAGGUAGGGCUAGCAAAAACAAGUUUAUGGUAUGCCUUCUGUGGGGAAUAGCACCUUUUUCAAGCUUCCAUCCUGUCUUGGCUUCACUUUUUAGCUAAAGAUGUUUGUUUCUAUUCUAGUAUUCCUAGCUUGUGUAAAUUCACAAACAUGACCAUUCUCUGUUAUGCAAACAAACAUAUUUCAGCUACUUAUAGUACUUCAGAUAAAACAUCCUACCCACCUGUAAAAUUAUUGCUCCCCCAUCUUCAGCCACAUAGUCAUGGUGAUUCAACAUGAACUUCUGUGAUCACAUGCUUUCCCUUAGUAAUUUAAUUCCAGUUAUUUCCAGUAGUGAAUUAUAAAUUUUAAAAAAUAUUUUAAUUUGAUGGUGAAGGUUAGGAUAUCACAGGAAGAAACACCUUCCUUAUCUGUUUACACAUUCUGAAAUGCUUUGGAACGCUAAGUCUUGUUUGUGUUGGAUGAUUUCUUAGGUUUCAUUAUUUUUAUGCCCCAGUCUUGUUUUUAUGCAGUAUUUUCAGCUGCUUAUUUUGAAGGGACUUGAACAUGAAAAGACAACAACAACAAUUUGACCUGAAUUUGACAAAUACUUCUUGCUUCAAAGUAUAUAUGCUGUAAUAUUAAAAUUGUGGAACCAAAAUGCAAUUGUCAAAAACAAGUACUGAGUUCAGCAAAUUAAAAUUGACUUCAACUUAAAGGGAAACAACACAGGAAAAAUACAUACCUGAAAUGUUAAAUAAGAUUAUGAAAGAAGUAAUGGGGUGUGAGUGGUUAUUUCAUUCUAACCCACAAAGUUUGGCUUUUACGACUAGGUGUGAAACUAGGUCAAGUAAACUCCCUGAGUUGAUCAUUCCUGCCUUGAACCUCCAUGUUUUUCCACCCUCCCCCACCCACUGGAUGUAUUUUGUAUGACCUUCAAUUGCUAUUUUUUUAAACACAGAAAAAAGUGAGAAGACAAAUAUUAAUUGAUGAUAUUCCCAAAGAAGUGAUCCUGCAGACUACCCCUAUGCAUCUUAAAGAAAAUUCAAGCAAGCCAAAUUCAAGUGACAUAACACAUACAGAAGUGAACCAACAAUUACUAGAUUCUAUGUCUGCUAAACCGAUUGCUACUACAUUUGUAAAAGACUAUUCAAAGAAUGAAUUUCUAAAGCCUGCCAAUAGGAAUCCAACUGAUGCGUCAGCCAGUCGAAAUGAACUUAAUCUUCAUGCAGCUGAUAAAAUGAAGACACCCAACAUGACCCACCAACAUAAACAUAUUACAGAUAAAAACACUAUUGGUGAAUCUAGCAAGUCUGAAGUACAACUAAGGUAUUGUAUCUUGGAUCCUACAUAAAAUUUUAAAUUGAUACUUUUAAAUCCUGAUUGUGAAUCAAAUUAGCAAACUGCAUUUAAUAUUAUUAAACUUUGUCAUGAACUCUAAUGGACUGAAAUUCCAUCUGGAAUAUAUAGGGAGCUGUAGACCUCUUUCAAAAUGAAAUCUUUUACUUUCAGCUUUUGAACUUCUUCAUGGCUACUGAAUAGCCUCAUGUGUGGAAGCUACCCUGAGAAUUUUUAUUUGAAGCGAAGUGUAAGAAAAUGAUUUAUAUCAGUUAAAUGCAGGCAAUAAAUAAAAUUAUCCCAAGCUUCAAUGUGGAUAUGAAACAUGCCCCCCUUUACCUGGUUAGCAUUAUUCACUGCAGUGCAAUGUGGGAAAUUGUGGGGAUCGAGAAGCAUGAUACAACACAAUGAAAUAUAUAUUAGGUCAAGUUUUAAGAAUGUCUUUCUUACCCUUUUAGUGAAUUAUUGUGUAAACAGACAGAUAUUGUAGGUAAAAGAAGAACUCAGCUGGCGCAAAAUACAGGUAGGUACAGUUAAUCAAUAGUGUUCAAUUUCUGACAUUUUACUAAAUUGAUCGUUGUUAGAAAUUAGUUUAUUUUAAACUGGAUGAAAAAUAAGCACAUAUAUAUAUCUUUACCAUAUACCAUACUUAGUGGUUGCAUUUGCACAUCAUGCUAAGCCUUGGGCUUGUGCACUUGGUCCCUUCUCUCCUCUCCUGCAUAGCCAAAAGAAGCAGUCAAAACCUUUUGCUUUUUACAUUUGGUUAAAAGUGGUUUGUUGUGUUGGUUGGAGCAACACACUGUGGUUCAUAAAACUAUACAGUGGUGCCUCGCAAGAUGAAAUUAAUUCGUUCUGCGAGUUUUUUCGUCUUGCGAAGCACGGUUUCCCAAAGUCUUCAAAAUCACCAAAGUCUUCAAAAACCUCAAAAAAGGCUACCACACUGCGUGCUAUGAGUUGCUCCUCGAAGUCACCCUGGGUAUUAACGGUUGUGAGACGAAGAAACCAAACUUGCAAGACGUUUUCGUUUUCGUCUUGCGAAGCAAGCCCAUAGGGAAAUUCGUCUUGCGAAGCAACUCAAAAAACGAAAAACUCUUUCGUCUUGCGAGUUUUUCGUCUUGCGAAGCAUUCGUCUUGCGAGGUACCACUGUAGAGUCAGAAGGCAUCCUGAGGCUCACCUAAUUAUCCACCCCCAUCCCUGCAAUGCAGGAAGCUCAACUAAAGCAUCCAUGACAGAUGGCCAUCCAACUUCUGCUUAAAAACCUCCAAGGAAGGAGCAUCCACAACCUCCCAAGGGAGUCCAUUCCACUGUUGCACAGCUCUUAUGUCAGAAAGUUCUUCCUGAUGUUUAGUCAGAAUCUCCUUUCUUCUAACUUGAAGACAUUGGUUCAGGACUUCAAGCUUGCUCUGCCCUUUAGAUAUUUGAAGAUGGCUAUCAUAUCUGCUCUUAUGCAGACUAAACAUACUCAGUUCCCUCAACUGUUCCUCAUAAGGCUUAGUUUCCAGACCCUUGAUCAUCUUUGUUUCCCUCCUCUGCACACAUUCCAACUUGUCAAUAUUCUUCUUAAAUUGUGGUGCCCAGAACUGGACACAGUACUCCAGUUGCUGUCUGACCAAGGCAGAAUUUUUUGUUGUUGUUUAGUCAUUUAGUCAUGUCCGACUCUUCGUGACCCCAUGGACCAGAGCACGCCAGGCACUCCUGUGUUCCACUGCCUCCCACAGUUUGGUCAAACUCAUGCUGGUAGCUUCAAGAACACUGUCCAACCAUCUUGUCCUCUGCCGUCCCCUUCUCCUUGUGCCCUCAAUCUUUCCCAACAUCAGGGUCUUUUCCAGGGAGUCUUCUCUUCUCAUGAGGUGGCCAAAGUACUGGAGCCUCAGCUUCAUGAUCUGUCCUUCCAGUGAGCACUCAGGGCUGAUUUCCUGAAGAAUGGAUAGGUUUGAUCUUCUUGCAGUCCAUGGGACUCUCAAGAGUCUCCUCCAGCACCAUAAUUCAAAAGCAUCAAUUCUUCGGCAAUCAGCCUUCUUUAUGGUCCAGCUCUCACUUCCAUAGGCAGAAUAGAGAGGCACUAUUACUUCCCUUCAUCUGGACAUUAGCUUUUUUUUACUGCUGCAUCAACUGUUGAUCAUGCACCACAAUUGUUAAUCAUGUGGUCUAUUAAGACCCUUAGAUCCUUUUCACAGUUGUCCAUCUUAUAUUUGUGCAUCUGGUUAUUAGAACCUUACAUUUGUCUCUCUUGAAAUUCAUGGCCCAGUUCUCCAAUCUGUUACAGUCAUCUUGAAUUCCGAUUCUGUCUUCUGCAGUGUUAGCUACCCCUCCCAGUUUGGUGUGUCUGCAAAUUUGAUGAGCAUCUCCUCAGUACCUUCAUCCAAGUUAUUUAUAAAGAUGUUGAACAACGAUGGGCCUAGGACAGAACCCUGUGGCAUCCCUCUUGUCACACUUUUCCGAGGAUGAUGAGGAACAAUUAGUGAUUACUCUUUAGGUUUGCUCAGUCAACCAGCCACAAAAUCCUCCUAACAGUAACUUCAUCCAGCCCACAUUUUACAAGCUUCUCCCCAAUUAUACCACGAAAGGCUUUGUGAAAAGCCUUACAGAAAUCAAGAUACACUACAAACAUACCAACUUCAGACCACAGGUUAUGAUGCUGGCUUGCUGGAAACUAAGCAGCAUAGUUAGUAUUGACCACAAUUCCAGGUAUGGAUGACAUGGCAAUCUGUGUUCAACUGAAAGCAGAAGCAAAAGCAAAAGCAAAAGCAUACAAACUCAUCCUUGGCUGCAUGAAAAAAUGAAGGCAGUGCGUGAAGGCAGUAUGCUAUAGCUUAUGCAUGUUGUGCUAAAAUGCAUGUGGUGCUAAACUAUGGUUUAGCAUGACAUCUAAACAAAGCCAAAAUGUUAUAUGUUUAUUGUUCAUUAUAUGUUGUCCAAGCAUGCUAUAUUUGCCCGUGCGGAAUAAUACUAUUACUCCAUCACAUAUUCAAUGAUGAAUUUGCCUUAAAUUUCAUAAUCUAGUAUGACUUUUUAUUGUUAAAACUAUUCAUGAUAUAAAUGUCUGUUGCCUUUAAAAUAUAAGCACAGUUGUAUUCAAUUAUUUUAAGACCAGAGUUAAGGCUGUCAUAGUAACUCAAGCUCCACAAAGCUGAAAAUUGGAUGCUAAGGCUGAUGCUAUAAUGGACGUACCCUAACAGGUGUAAUUUUUAUAAACAGAAUUUUGAGACAUAAUGUUGGACUUUUUUGUUGGCUACCCACCUUAACUAAAGGGGUACUUGCGUGUCCCUCCAACACAUUGUAAUAAAAUUUUGAAGUUCUGGAAACUAUGUUAGAUGCUACGGACUUGGACUCCAUGCUCCUGCAUCACUGUCAACAGAACAAAUUAAUGCCUUAGAAAUUUCAUCUGGUAUGCUGGCUAAAUAACUUAGUUUAGCAACUUCUUUUUUAUCUUUAUCUUAAUUUUGUGUUAUUAUGGUCUAUAACUACAUAAAAAAUAUAACAUCUGAAUUCUUAACCAUAUGUUUCAUAUUAAUCCAAUAACAUUUCUCUUUUAUAGAUCCAUUAUGUUCAAGAAUAACAAGCAGGAGGAUAAACUGUAAUCUGUCUGCUUCUAAAAUAGCAAAGUUGCAGUGCACAGGUGAUUUUGUUGUUGUUCUGUUUUGUAAGAAGCCUAAAUUAGGCUUCUAGACACUAACAGAUACAGUGGUACCUCGGGUUGCAGGCGCUUCAGGUUACAGACGCUUCAAGUUAUAGACUCUGCUAAGCCAGAAAUAGUAUCUCGGGUUAAGAACUUUGCUUCAGGAUGAGAACAGUAAUUGUGCAGUGGCAGCAGGAGGCCCCAUUAGCUAAAGUGGUACCUCAGGUUAAGAACAGUUUCAGGUUAAGAAUGGACCUCCAGAACAAAUUAAGUUCUUAACCUGAGGUACCACUGUAGUUCUUUUCUUUAAACUGCCAGAUUUUUUUUUUACAUUUAAAGACACAAUCAUUUUGUAUUGUGUAUUAAAAAUUAGCAAUUUUGUUUUGGAAAUCUAAGCAAAGAAGGAUCCCACUCCACAAUUUUGAAUAUUUGAGCAAUAACAAGGCCACCUCCAACUCUACAAUUCUAUUAUUCAAUUUACUGGUUCAAUAUUAGGUUUACCAAUGAAUUCCCAAAAAGUACUUGCUAGAUUUACUGAUGUUAAACCUGAAAAGACCAGAAUAUGUAAAUCACAAUUUACUAAAAACAGAUAUGAAAAAUUCAGCCUGAAAUCCUUUUUAAAAUGCGUUUUCUAAAGAGUCACAUGUUAUUUUAGUAAUAUUCUAUAUCUUUCAGGUUGCAUAACAGUAGGAAUUCCCUUAAACAGCCGAAAUUUUAGCAAGAUUUUGCGGUCUUGUCAAUAUCUAUGUGAACAACACAAAGUUACUCUAGAAACUGAACUGAAAUAUAAAAGGAAGAUAAAAAGAUCUAUUAUCUCUAGCAAGAAUACUUCUACAGACUGUAAUGGUAAUAGUAAUCAUUUUUCAUAAAAUUUCAUGUGGAGCAUGCGCAAGCCCAGUGGUUUCCAACCCCUCCCCCCGACCACUUGAAAAUUGCUGAGGGUCUUGGCAGACCACUUAAUGAUUUUUCUGCCUGUUGCAGCAAUUGUAAUAUGCUGUGCAAUACGCUGUAUGAUUUUUAAUUACCGGUAUAUAUUUAUUGCCUUUUAAUUUUUUAUAUACUGUAUUUUAUUAUAUUUCAUAUAAUUUAAAUUAUAAUACAAUAAAAUACAAUGAAAUGAAAUGUAAGAAAUAAAAGAAGCAAUUAGAAUGCAAAUAUAUGCCAAUAUUCAAUUCAAUUCAAUUCAAUUCAAUUCAAUGGAUGUGUCAUCUCCUGACUUCAACCACAGAUCUCCCAAGUUAGCUGAUUUUCCUCCUCCCAGAGCCCUCCCUGGUUCAUUUUUCAUUGCAACCAGGCUUCUACUAAUCAUGAAACCUGGGGGGAGGGGCAGUAAAAUAACAUGUCCAGGGAUACCUUUGCAGGGGAGUCUCAGCAGCUGGGGAAAGGGUUAAGCCUGCCCACGAAAUCUGCCCUACAAAGGCUGCCUAUCCCAGCAUUAGCAUCAUGAUAAAGCAGGUAUGUGGAACCAUUGGCCCUCCAGAUGUUGCUGAACUAUAACUUCCAUCAGCCCCCACAAGCACAGCCAGUGCCAUAGAUCAGCAACAUAUGAAAGGCCAAAAGUUCCCCAUAGCUGUGAUGGAAAACACAGGAUUUGGGGAGCCCUGCAUUUCUCUCAUGAAAUCUAGCUCUGCCCUUUGUCUUCCAUAACUUUCAGUAAUUUUAAAUAAGCAAAUGUUUUGUUUCAAACAGCAGAUCUUCAAACAAAACAGGAUGCAUAUUCAAAGAAACAAAUAAUCCGACAGAAACACAGGCUUAAAGACCAGGAUCUGAAUGAAGAUCAUACUUUCUCAUUUAAAGAUGGGGUAUGGACACCUCAAUGACAAAUGUUCUGCAUGUUAACAUUUGUGUAUAUGUUCUAGUACAUAUGACAGUGUUAUUUGUAAUAAGUGUUAAUGCCUAAACUGAGACCCGGCCUCAGCACACUGAUAAAUAUUAUUCAUAACUGGUGAAAGGAUAUCCGUAAACCACAAGCUAUUGUUAAUAAACAAACAAACAAAUAGUUUAACCAAAGCUCUGGUAGCCCCACUUUGGGGAAAUAAAUACCUGUACAAUGCUUUUGUUGGUCUUGGGACUGAACAUAGGACCUUCUUUAUUUCCUUGUAUGCAUGUUACCAUUGAGCUCUGGCACAUCUGCCUAAUGUGUACUGUUUUCAUUAAUGAUGCAGGAAACUGAUAUUCAUCUGCCAGAUAUACCUGCAGUAGCUGUUGAAAAAAGCAAACGGAGAACUAGGAAAAAUUUUACAUCAGAAGAAAUAAGAUUUCUUUUGGAUGGUGUAAAGAAAAUGGGCCAUCAUUGGAAUUUAAUUUUAUGGACUUACCCGUUUCAGAAGGGAAGGACAAAUGUUGACCUUGCUAAGAAAUACUGCCAUUUACAGGUAAUAUUUCAGAUUAAUUUUGUGCUAGUAUUUUACACCUUUGGGAUAAAAUGAGAGGAAAGGAAAGAACCAUCGGGCGGGGUUUGAUAAUUAUUUCUCUUCAGUGGAUGGUGGUUAUCCAUUAGUGUUGGAGGCAGGACUACGCAAAUAAUGACACUUGUCCCUCCAAUGGGAGUGGCUUUCACUGAGUAAAAACCAGAACUUGAAUCCAAGUAGCCAUUUACUUCUGUAAGUGUAAACUAUGAAAGUAUGGUUAUAUUAAACCCAAAUAUCAUCACUGGGUCUCAAUAGUAUUUUGCAAUAAUAUUAAUUGAUUGUACUUCAAUCAAUUUUAUUGUUUAUAACCAAUGAAGAAGAAGAGUUUGGAUUUGAUAUCCUGCUUUAUCACUACCCUAAGGAGUAUCAAAGUGGCUAACAUUCUCCUUUCCCUUCCUCCCCCACAACAAAUACUCUGUGAGGUGAGUGAGGCUGAGAGACUUAAAAGAAGUGUGACUAGCCCAAGGUCACCCAGCAGCUGCAUGUGGAGGAGCAGGGAAUGAAACCCAGUUCACCAGAUUAUGAGUCCACUGCUCUUAACCACUACACCACACUGGCUCUCAUUACAAUGAGACCAUUACCAUAAAAGAAUUUAGAUAGUACAUUUCAUUUCAAGAAGAAAUACCAAGGCUGUUCUCAAGCAAAUAAAUGUUUCAUUUAUUUGUCCUGGGGUUGGGUGUAUUGGCUCCACCUGGCCCGGCUGGAUUGGCCAGGAAUCAAAUAGCCUAUGGUGGGAAAGCCCACCAAUCUCCUGUGGCUGGCCUGGGAAUUCCCCCACAGCCAGCUGCAUAGCCCUGAUGUUGCUCCCAAGGGGGAGGGGCCUGGUGCAACAGGCUGCAACAGCCACCCACCCUGUGACCGGGUAAGCAGCCAUUUUCAAGCGAAUAAAAGCCAACAAAAUAAGAACAGUCAUACCUCGGGUUGAAGUUGCUUAAGGUUGAGCGUUUUCAGGUUGCGCUCUGCGGCGACCCGGAAGUAACAGAACGCAUUACUUCCGGGUUUCGCUGCUCGCGCAUGCACAUACAGUCAAAAUAUGUCACACGCAUGUGCAGAAGCGGCGAAUCGCGAUCCGCGCACGCACAGAUGCGGGUUGUGUUCUGCUCUGGAUGCAAACAGGGCUCUGGAAUGGAUCCUGUUCGUAUUCAGAGGUACCACUGUACUGUAAAGCCAAUUAUAAAAAUACAGCGACCUGUAAUUAAAAUAAUUAGCACAACUAUGCAUUAAAACAUCCAUAAUUAAAAUAUAUACCUAAGCAAGCCCAUCAGAACAGCACAAUAGCUAAAACAGUUAAAGCAGCAAUCAAAUCAGGAUAGCAGGAAAAUGUUUGUCCAAAUAGGUAUGUCUUCAAGAGUUGGUGAAACGCAAAUACCAAUGGAACCUUCUGUAUUUCAGCAGGGAGAAUGUUACUGACCGGGAGUCAGAGACACCUGAUCUGUACUGUAGCAAUGAGACAAUUGUUGAGAGGGCCUGGAUUAGCUCCACCCAUUUAAUGGAAUUAUGCCCAGUGUUCCUUUCUCCUUUGGUGAUUGAAGUUAUUCAAGAUGUAAAGCAGGACUGUGGCAUCCUGUGAAAUUUUCUACACAAAACUACUAUUGCCACCUGACAAGUGGAUGCUCUAAGCCUGGGAUGCCUCCUUCCCAGAACUAGCUUGGGAGCUCUUCCCACUCCUCUGCACCCAGUUUACAUUUUCUUCUCCAUACAAGAAAGUCCGCUGCGCUGUCAGUUGAAGAUGUCCCUUGCCAAAACUAGCCCAGCAGUUCUGCUUUUCUGUGCAACUGGUUCUGACUUUCUCCUCAGUUGGUCAUGCAGCUAACAUAUGGCAGAAACCGCCCUUAUCAGGGUCUCAUAAAUUGUCAGGUAAGCAAAUGUUGACUCUGACUGCUAACACAACAUAAAGUACUGACAGAGCUGGAGCUCUAAAAAAGCCACAUUCUUCUCUCACACACCUUCCUCUCACCUGAUAUGUCCAGCCUGUAUAGCCAUAUGAAUCACAACUUGAUAACAAAUAUUUGUCUGUGCCAAUGCUCUGACAUUUGCCUUGUCUAGUUUCCUUUUUUCUCUUCUCUCUCACAGAAAAAUAAAAACAAGACAAACAUAUGACAUCUUAUAAGUUACGUGUAUUCUGUCAAGGAAACAAGAUCAUCAUACAAGUUGGUUCUUUUUUGUUUGUUUAAAAUGUAAUAAUUAUUUUUAUUUUAAAGAGGGUA